CUUUCAAGAUGGCGACCACGUGUAGCGAAUUAGGGCCAAGUUUGUCCAAUUCAGCUUUAGAUAUCAUGGACAAGUUUGGCUUCCAAAAGAUGACACCAGUACAGGCAGCCACAAUUCCCCUGUUUAUGUCAAACAAAGAUGUAGCAGUCGAGGCGAUGCCACCGAUGCCUUUUCCGAUGCCUCCAUUGUUUAUUACAGCAGAGAAAGAUAUCUGUACAAUCAACAUUUUUGAAAAAUUGCUUAACGCUUUAUUUAGUGAAGUAAACUGUUAACAUUUCCACUUUACAACAGGAUGUUUUUCUGCAACUACAAAUGAUUUGUCUCUAUAUGAGAUAUUAAAGUUGUUUCCCCGCUGACCACUCGUAUUUCGGUCGUUUUGUCUGCGCCCACUCGUCGCCACCCGAAAGAUAUUGCUCAGACAAUUGUGGUUUCACAAUGGCAACCUUUCAUGUUCAAAACCUAAAUGCUUUGCUUGUUAAGUUUGAGGAGCAUAUCAACUACUAUGCAAGUAUUCGAAAAACUAGUGCUCCCGAUGUGUCAAGAAACGUCCAAAAGAUCCUUUCUUGGGAGGAAGGCGAGAGGAUAAAUGCACAGCAACAGCCCGAAGGGAACAAGAUCACUAAAGUUGAGAACGUCAUUGAAAAAUGUGUUGAUUUUCUGGAAAGUCUGAGCAGCGGAAACCCAGCACAGGUCAUGAAACAAUGUCUCAGCAUUGCAUCAUCUGUGACUGUUUUGGUGGGUGGACCGUACGGAGCUGCUGCCGUAGCCAUUUGUAGUAUACUUACAUCAAUUUUCUCUGUCAAUUCUCCGAAGGAGCCCGAUUUGGUGACCGUGUUUACAGACAUAGUUCACGCGGAGCUUCUGAAGUUUAAUGGGGAGUUAAAACGGCAGACCUUUGAAGGGCUGAAAUCUCGUGUAAAGAUCAUGAACGCCUGUUUGAAAGAACUUCUGGGGCCAUCGAAUCUCACUGAAUUACCCGACAAAGCUCUUUACGAGACAGAUUUCCCUCAGUUCAUUGGUGAAGUCGCCUACAACUUUCUGAAAGGCCGUGAUAUGGAUAGCAAAGAAGAAGAGGUCAACAACUACCUCACGUCGAUGGUUAUUUAUUGUAACGCGCAAACAGCGCUGUUCCUUUUACUGACAAACAUUCUGGCAACUUUUCAAUCAACUGGUCGCGAGACAAACAUGAUCAAGAGGUUAAUGGAUACCCAAGUUCAGGACGCUCAAGAAAAACUUGGAUUCCUCUCGGAAGAGAAAUACUUGAGAAAGAGCGCUCUCUUCGCAAUCGGUGCACACACUGGUAAAUCUAUUACUGAAGAUGACCUACGUAAAGUGGUAAACAUUCGUCACUUUGGCAAGUGCCGUCAUCUCCCUGGUUAUGAUAUUAUCGAGGGGUUCAGAGAAGGCUUAGGAAUGCCAAAAAUUCCUGAGACCCUUGUGGAGCUAUUUCAAGGUGGUUCAGUACGUGGACCUAAAGGAAUAAUUCACCGCUACCCUCAACCUCAAACCAAGGGAGAUCAUCAUUACUUCCAACUCAUCAAUCAUUCACACGUACCUGUCCGGGUGGAGUGUGGCAUGGCAGGAAACGACGUGAAUCGGUUGAGAUUCUGUCAAAAUGUGCCGCCAUACUCCUCCUACGAACGUGUUGCCACUGAAUCAAUGUGGUGGACUUUUUCCACUGGCGGAGUGUUCACCAUGUAUUUGAGUGGUGAAAUUACAUCCUCUGAAACGCGGAACCUCAAGGUUUUCGAGUUUGCGUUGUCCAACCCAGUCGUAGGCCUCUGUGGAUCAGCCAUUUUAGAGAAAGACCCACAAAUUUCUGUCCACACUGGUGAGGAUUGUUGGAAACAAAUGGGUUGUAAUCCCAGUCCGCCUAUUUAUUUUGAGCACUGUGACAAAUAUUAUGUGGUUCAUGGAGGACAUACUUGGUCAUUUUUAAGAGGAGGCGUUCUUGAUUUUCCUGGCAAUAAUGGAUGCCGAACAUGGCGGUUUGUGAUACAAGAAUACGACCCUCUCGAAGAUCUCGAGGCAGGUCCGUGACUUUUCUUGUAAUGAAAUGUGUUUGACACUAUUACGGUGCUUUCAAAAAGAUUUGAAGUAGGUGGCUACCUCGGUAAAGCACCCGCCGGAGAAUGAAAUGGGAAACAAUUUCCCUCUAGUUAGCCCAUUAGUUCCAUUCAGAACAAACUGGCUUCAAAUGAGUUUUCAGUGUUAAACUUCGGUUAAUAAUCAUUAAAUAUUAGUUUCCUCAAUUUGUAACAAUUGUUUGACUGAUUGUUUUAUUUCUGAUCAAAAUCUUCCAAUUUCAGACAUGCAAACCUGCUCCCUGAGUUUUAUACAUAGGUCCCAUGAAAGGACAUAUGGUCAUUGGUUAGAUAGAUAGAUAGCUAGAUAGAUAGAUAGCUUUUAUUAUUUACUAAGGCAGAAUUGCAUGAUUAUUUACAAUACGAUACUGGCUAAAAUUAUAAAUUAUAAUUCCAGAGCAUAUUAUUUACAAGAAUAAUAUACAGCCCUAUUGUCUACACAUGGCUGGUAAAUAUGCCUGGGAGAAACGCUUGGUGCGCAUUAUUGGGUUAAAAAACUGACGUUGAUCUCU